AUGGCUCCACUACCGUCCACCUGGCGCUGGCAGCCGGUUGACGACGAUGGCAGGAAAGUGGAAUGUGGAGCGCAAGUAUAUAGUAAAGAUGAAGACGCUCCUGUCCGUUCGAUCUUCCAUCCCAAAUGGCUGGCAAUGAUGCUGUUCACUGGUCUUCUUGCUAUUGCUUUCUUCACCCUGUCUCCUGGCCUUGCGAUACCGAUCGGUAGCCGAAAAGGAGGCAACAGCAUCGGCAAGCCUCUGAGGUUUGCGAAAGACGGGACAUUCCAGAUCAGCAUCUUCGGAGAUUUACACUUCGGCGAAAAUGCGUGGGAGCAAUGGGGACCUCAGCAGGACAUCUGGUCGACGUAUGUCAUCAAUCAGGUGCUCGACGCGGAAUCGCAGCAGCUGGUCGUUCUCAAUGGCGACCUCAUCACUGGCGAAAACACGUUCUUGGAGAACAGCACAGAUUACCUCAACCAGAUUGUGGCGCCACUCGUUCAACGAGAUCUAUCCUGGGCAUCAACAUACGGCAACCAUGAUUCGCAAUAUAAUCUCUCGCGGGAGAAUAUACUGGCGCACGAACGAUUGUACUUGAACGCACGCACCACGCAAAUGGUCUUUGGACGAGACGCUGGGGUCACUAACUACUACUUGCCUGUGUACUCGCACAAGAAUAAGCACAAGCCAGCAUUGAUAUUAUGGUUCUUCGACUCGCGCGGCGGGUUCUACUACCAGGAACAGGACGCAGCAGGUGAUCCCAUCGGACAACCCGACUGGGUCGAUCAGAGCGUCGUGGACUGGUUCAGUACAACGAACGAGCAGCUGACCACCGACCACCGUGGACCCAUUCCCAGCGUCGGUUUCGUGCACAUCCCAAUGAAUGCAUCUCGAGCACUGCAAACUGAAGUCGGAGUUCGAAAGCACUACCAGCCAGGCAUCAACCACGACUAUCCUCUUGCCCAGCAAGCACAAGGCUGGUGUCCCGAUGGCGCAAAUGAUGGACCAUGCAGCUACGGAGGCCAAGACGUGCCGUUCAUGGAAGCCAUUGCGUCGACGCCGGGCAUGAUGGCUCUGUUCAGCGGUCACGACCAUGGAGAUAGUUGGUGCUACAAGUGGGACACCCAGCUCCCUGGUAUUUCGAUGACGGGCAACGGCGUGAAUCUCUGUUUUGGCCAGCAUUCUGGAUACGGUGGCUACGGAACGUGGACAAGAGGCUCACGGCAGGUGCUUGUGCACGAGAAUAUGCUCAAGGAUCUUGACAACUUGGAGCUUGAGACGUGGAUCCGGCUGGAGAACCAGAAUGUGGUGGGCGCGGUGACGCUAAACUCGACUUAUGGGCAAGAUAGAUACCCAGCGACGAAGGACACGCAUACGCAUUGCCCCACAUGUGUCUAUUGA